AUGGAGGCUCCCGCUGCCCCAACUCCCAUCACCGCAUGGCCGGAGUACGACCAGCAGCCUACGGGUGGAGAUGUCUUCACCCAGGAUCUCAAUGCGCCCUAUGACAAGGGAGAUUUGUGCUGGAUCCUCAUCUGUGCGAGUCUUUGCUGGUAUGCCAUCGGCUUCCUCUACGCUGGAAUGCAUAGGCGCAAAGCUGCACUCACUAUGAUCUUCCAAUCGCUCUUCUGCGCCUGCGCCUGCGGCAUCCAAUUCUGGGUCUACGGAUACUCACUCUACCAAUCCCACACGACCGGCCCAUUCAUUGGCGACCUCUCGCUCGCCGGACUCCACAACGUGCUGGCCUACCCAAGUCUCGCGAACCCCGAUAUCCCUGAUAUCCUCUACGCCUGCUUCGGAUUCACGUUCGUGACGGCUACGGCUAUGAUCUUGGCUGGUGCUAUGUUGGAGAGAGGGAGGCUGCUUCCUAGCAUGAUUUUCCUCUUGUGCUGGACGACCUUCGUCUACUAUGUCCUCGCGUACUUCGAGUGGAACCCCAACGGCUGGCUCUACAAGCUCGGCGUCUACGACUUCGCCGGCUCAGGCCCCGUACACAUCGCCUCCGGCUUCUCCGCCCUCGCCUGGUCGCUCAUGCUCGGCCGGCGCAAAGACCCGCACAACGAAUCCCACCACCCGCGGAUCCCGCACUUCAAGCCUCACAACCCGUUCCUCGUCGGCCUGGGCACGAUCCUGAUCUGGCUGGGCUGGUUUUCCUUCAACGGCGCCAGCACGGCCAACCUGUCCCUCCGCAGCAUCUACGUCGUCGUGAACACGAACCUCGCGGCGUGUGGCGGCGGCAUCGCCUGGGUGCUCGUCGAGUACGCCUUCAGCCGCAAGUUCAGCAUCGUUGGAUUCUGCUCCGGCAUCAUUGCCGGGCUGGUUGGGAUCACCCCCGCGGCGGGCUUCGUGCCGGUUUACGUGGCUGCGCUCAUCGGUGCACUGACAAGCAUAACAUCCUUCUUCACCGUGCGCUACAAGCACAUCCUGACCAUCGACGAGGGGCUCGACAUCUUCGCGAUCCACGGCGUCGGCGGCUUCGUCGGCGACAUCCUAACCGGCUUCUUCGCGACGUCGUCCAUCCCGGCCCUCGACGGCGUCAACAACGCCUACGCCGGCGGAUGGUGGGACCACAACUGGAAGCAGAUGGGGUACCAAUUAGCCGCCGCGACGACCUGCGCGGCCUGGUCUUUCGUCAUCAGCAUCAUUCUGCUGUUCAUUAUUGAUAAGAUCCCCGGGCUGCAUUUGAGGGCGAGCGAGGAGGAGGAGGUGAGGGGGCUGGAUGAGAAGUAUUUUAGUGAUUGCUGGGGGGAUGUGCCGGUGCUUGAGGGGUAUGGAGGCAUCACGGGGAGUGGGAGGUUGGCUGGUGGGGGGGAUGGGAGUGUGAGGAGUGGGGAGGCGGUGCCGGUUGUUGCGGCGAAGAUGGAUUAG